AUGUGUCCAGAGCUGGCGAAAGGUAUACCACAAGUCACAGAACCACCACUUACAUCGACCAAUGCAGACGCCAGCCAGGUAUUAGUAGCCAACCACAGCACGUACACCCAGGUAUUUUUGCAAACCCUCCGCGUACAAUUAUACGGCUCAGGGCGCUCCAAAGUUGUACGGGUUUUAAUCGACACUGGUUCCCAGAAGUCGUACAUUUUAGGGUCAACGGCCACUUUGUUAGGUUACACCCCCAAACAAAAGAUAAAUUUACUACAUGGAUUGUUUGGGGGAAGUCAGAUCAUGCGGCAACAUAACGCUUAUGAAAUUAAUUUACGACAUAAUACUAAUGCUUGCACUUUCGAAGCUCUUGACGUCAUUUGCAAUGCGGUUUCGCCUAUUUUUGAUGGAGUUUGGUUAGAAGAAAUGAGUCGGCUGGAUGUGGCGGGGAAGUUGUACACGGGCCGAAGACAUAUUUUGCCAUGUGGUUUGGUGGCAGUAGAAACUCUAUUAGGCUGGACUUUGAUGGGCAAGAUACCUGAAGGACGUAAUAGUGUCGAAACUUUGUCGGCUUUAAGUCUUUUCGUCAGUGACACAUCGUUGGCCAACUUGUGGAAACUGGAGACGUUAGGCAUCGUGGACCCAUCGGAGCAAAGGACACGGGAAGAAAGCGCUUUGGCGGCAAAGGAUUUAUUUUUAAGGACAAUUACUGUCAAUGGCGAGUCCAGGUACGAAGUCCGCCUAUCUUGGUUAGAGGAUCGCCCAGAAUUGCCGAAUAACUACAAUCUUGCCAGGAAAAGAGUUGACAACACUGUUAACAAGUUACGCAAGGAUGGACUUUUCGAAUUAUAUGACAGGAUCUUUGAAGAAUGGCUUGCGGAAAACAUAAUAGAAGUCCCUCAGACGAAUACAGGCGAGGCCCAUUAUCUGCCACACCGGCCAGUUAUCAAAGAGUCGAGCACAACGAAAAUUCGGCCGGUAUUUGAUGCAUCAGCUAAAGAAAAAUAUAAACCCUCUUUAAACCAGUGUCUCGAGAAAGGGUUAAACCUUAUAGAGGAAAUUCUGAAUAUUUUUCUUAGAUUCAGGACCAAUAAAAUUGGAGUGGUAUCGGACAUUAGAAAAACCUUUUUUCAGAUCAGUGUACACGAGACCGACAGGGACUAUCUACGAUUUUUAUGGGUCAAUAAAGACGGUGGUUAA